AUGAAUGAUUUGGAAUCUCUCUUUCCCUAUGUACUUCUCUACUCAGUGCUCCCACGGAUAAAAGCUCUUGCUCUUCUCUCAUGUCAUGCUUCUGCGUCGGUAGCGGAGACAUCGAGGUCUGCGCAAUCAAUGGCGAUAGAAACAGUCACUCCUCCGCGUCGGCGCCAUAGAGAUGCGGUGUCGGUUCUGCGCGCACUGGCGAGCUGUGUAACACCUCACCUCGGUCUGCCUGCCUAUGGCUGUGCUCUUGAACCCUGGCUCGGUGCUCCUGGCCUGCGUCAACGCUCGAACCGUUUGGCCUUUGCUGCGGGGCGCAACGCUGCCCGCCAUGUGGCUCGUAGAUAUCUUGCCAAUGAUCUUACGGCCCUAGCUACGGAGGCACCGCGAAUAGACUGUCUCAUGCCGCUGCAGACAGGUGAGUCGAUUCGCAAAGAGCUUGCAGAGGGUGUCAUCUCCCAACAAGAGGCGAUGGAACGUCUCCUCCUCCUCCUUGCGCCCAAGGACACUUGGGAGCUCUAUAAAAAUGCUGGAAAUACGGUGAGCCUCGCGGUUUCUUCGUAG